CCACCUCUGAUUUUCUUGUGUAUGAGGGGGGUGUCCAGUUGCUGGUGGAUAUUUUGAUCCGGGACCCCCCCCCCCGUUCCCCUCUUGUGACUGUGGCCAGAAUGUGUGCAGCAGGCACCUUCAAUCAGCCCCCCAAAAAUAGCACAAGGGGAGGAAUACACGCCCGUGAGUUCCCUAACUGUCCUGCCCGGCCCAUUCCUGUCCAGCCUCGAAAGAGACUCAGAGGGAAGAGAGGAGCCAGGCUAAGUCAACAACCGGGCAAAACACAGCAAAGUCACGUUCCACCACAGAGGAAGAAUUUCAGCUGGGGAUUUAUUGAAACAUAUCGGAACACACUCCCACGUCUGAAUCUGUAGAAGGGCAUCAGAGGCCUCAGGAUAGACACACUCCGUCUGACUUCAGGAGGUGUGUGUGUUUGGUGUCUUGGGUGCAGGGUGAGUUGACUGGGCCCAAGCUCUUCCUUCAGUAAGCCUGUGCCGGGCCUCUCCUGGACCAUGAAGCUGAGUGUGGCUCUGUUCUUCGCGGGGUUGUUCGGGUCUUUGGCGGCCCUUUUUGUCUUCCUCUCCUUCGGGACGGACUACUGGCUCGUGGCCUCUGAGAUGUGUGUAACUAACAGAACCAUCACACCUGAUGGAGUCGCUGUAGAGCAUGGUGACAUCGUUCUGGCAGAACCCGCGAUGGGUUUCCCCCCUCAUGCCAUGGUGUAUCAUGAGGGCUUCUUCUGGAGAUGCUCCUUCAGUGGUUACCUGGAUGACAACCCACAUGUGAAGAUCUGGAUGACCAAUCAGCCGCACUCUAAAGUCUGCAUACCGGCCUACCUCUUUCCCUUUCCAGUGUCCCAACAGACACAUAACGCUACCGCGUAUGACUCUGCAAUCAUCUACAGAGGAUUCUGGAGUGUGUUUAUGCUUAUUGGUGUGGCUGCCGUCAUUCUGGGCGGAUUCUUCAUCAUCUGUGCCGCCCCAUUCGCCAGUCACCGACUAUAUAAGGCCGGGGGGGGCCUCUUCCUGACCUCUGCUGUGUUUCUGCUGGGGGUGGUGCUGAUGUUGGUGUUGUGGGUGGAGGUGAUGAGUGUGGUGCAGGACUAUGUAGACCACCAGCGUCUGUCAGUGUGUCCCGACUUUGACCUGACCAUCUACUACGGCCUGUCCUUCUUCUUCGCACCCGUCGCCAUAUCCUUCUGCUUGCUGGCUGGACUCAUGUUCCUCCUCAUUGGACGGUCUGUACGGAUGCAGUACCACUGAUUGGUGUUGCCAUGGCAAUAGAGUGAUGACGCCCGUGUUGAAAGUGGGAGGGGCACUUAAGGCUUUCGGAUCUUUGCAACAGGUUUGGGGCCAACUCCAAUCAAUUGAUUUUAUUCACAGAGUGAAAUUCCAAUGACACAUUUUUAUCAUAAACACACACUGAGGUAGACAGAGUUGACUGAAUUUUAAAAGGACUUGACCCCAACCCUGCUCUGCGUGUUGGAAAUAAAUCAGUGUUCGGUCAACUAUCAAACUGUUGAAUGGGAGUUCUUGGAAUUCUGUGAUGUCACUGAUUUAAAAAGUGGAUUUUACAGUUCUUGAUUUUCACAAGGUGUGAUGGCAGAUUUAGGAAAUUAUGAUAGUAUGGGAUCAGAAAGAGGGUGUUGUUAGUCUUUAGUCAAAUGGUUUUAGAAGGCUACUACUGCCAGUUGCUGCAUUUUUUGAAGUGUUUUUUAACAUAAAUGAAACAAGUAAAGGCUUUACUCUAGAUGUAGUUGGCUACAACUUUUACUAAGUAAGUGUAUUUUUUUAUUUGAUAUUAAUUUGAGGUUUAGAGUAGAUCUUCAUAACGUUAUUCAUUAAUAUUAUUACAAUUAUUAGGACAUUUCACUGUGGUAAUUGAAAAUAAGUCAGAAAUUAAAUAUAGAUUUCCUAACCCUUUAUUUUUGAUCUAACCAUUGAAUUUUGUCUCAUUCCCCUGCACAGGAAAACAUGUUCAUUUGAAAUAGAUUUAGGAUUUAAUGUCAAAGCAAUAUACUGUAUUUAGAAUCUAGUAUGUAUUAAUGUAUCUGGUUAAUUGUUUGAAUAAAGUAUUAGUUUGAUUUGUAAA